AAUCUUUCGUACACAAUCUGGACAGAGCUACAUUUGUCUGGCACCACUCUCAGGCAGCCUCUCAGUGAAUUACGUUGAUACUCGCCAUCUGGAAAGGAACAGUUGUGUAUCGAAACAUUUCACUUUUGCGAGGCAUCAGUAACCAGACAGUGUUCGGAAAAUGACGAAAGGCAGGAUGGACACAGCCCUGCAGACGGCCCCAGUCGUCACCUGCAUGAAAACAUUGAUGAUGGUGUUUAAUUUCAUUUUCUGGGUGACGGGAAUUGUGAUACUGGCCAUCGGUAUCUGGACAAAGGUUGACCUGUACAAGUACCUGGAGCUUUCCUCCAUCUACCAGCCUGAGGCUCCGUACGUGCUCAUUGGAGUGGGAGCCGUCAUUGUUCUCAUCGGCUCCUUGGGAUGCUGCUGCACUGUCAAAGGGCAUUCUUUCCUGCUCUACAUGUUCUGUGGUUUCUUGUUUAUCGUGUUCAUUGUUGAGCUGAGUGCUGGAAUAGCUUUGCUGAUUUACCGUGGAAAGCUGGUUUGCUGCGGCAUCAACAACUAUACCAACUGGUUCAAAUCCCCGUGGGCAGAGAAACAGUCGUCCCCGUACUCCGUCCCGGUUUCCUGUUGCCGUGUAGAGGAGAGCGCAUGUCGCCACACUGGCCUGUCUGGAGGCAACAGCACCACGAGGGAUAUCCAUACACAGGGCUGCCACAAAUUGGUCGUGGACUUCAUCAACGGGAACAUGGGACCUAUCGGCGGGGUGGCUCUUGGUAUUUCCUUUUUCCAGGUUCUCGGAGCAAUACUGGCUUUCUGCCUGGCCAAGUCCAUCAGCCGGGCUAAGUACGAGCAGGUGGCUUAGGCUCACCGCUGCUGGAGGUGUGUUGAGAAUCUCAUCUAUGUGUCGGGUAGCAGCAGCAGAGGAUGCUUUAUACGACAAAAUCUGACACAAGAACUCCUUCAUAGGGGACUCUGGCAACGUCUCGACACCGACUUAACAUCAGCCAACUUCCUCUUUCAGUAUUUCGUCGGCGAGCUGUUCGGAUGUAUUAACUAGUCCCAAAAUUUUCAAAAGAAUGUUUUACUGUUUCGUAACCCGUAGUAUUGAUUGCAAGUGCUUGAAAAAUAUUUUCUGGGAAUUCAAAUAUUUAAAAGGGAAAAUAGAAGCGAGAAAAACCUCAUAACAUAGAUACAAAUUUUUUAACGAAUGAAACUGGGUCGGUUUUUUUUUCUCUCUCUCAUGACAAAUUUUGCUUUACAGUCUUAAGACAUUUGAACAACUUGAUGAGGAAUUAUGUUCUCCUUUCAUCCCUCCUAGAUGGCAGUAUUAGUUUUUCCUUUCCUUUGAUGACUUUUUUUUCCAUGUUUGAUUUCUACUGAUGAGUGGAUCCAGGCUGCCCUUCCCAAUCAUUUUUUGCUUUGUCAAGGUUUUAUUUUUUGUUUUCCUGGGUUUUAUCUUCGUACUUCAGAAAAAAAACCCACAACAGAUGUUCCGUUUUAACUGGUUACAUUUUCUUCCAGUUUUUGUUUUUCUAUUUUCCAAUCAGGAAAUGGGUUUUGAAAAACAUUUGGCUUCCUUUUAGCCACUUUUGUCACCUGCUACAUUACAAGGAAUAUAGAGUCAGAAGUGAAGUGUUCAAGAUGUGUGGUUCGAGCACACAUCUCUGGCUCGUUGGGCAUCAUAAUAAGAUGCAAACAUUGCCUCGUGUUAUUGGAAAGAUUUUGGUAUCUACACAAAUCUCUUCCUUGACUUUUGAAAAUAAUGACUUUUUUUUGUGUUUGAAUUAUGGGUAAAGGGUGAAGAUUUGUGCAUUUUGGUAAUUUAUGGUUUAUGUAGGCAUUAGCUUGAGCUUACUUGAUUACUUGAUCCUGGGAACAACAUAAUAGCAUUCCGGGCAUUGCCAUAUGUGCUCCGCUCCCCACUCCAAUAUCCACUAUAGUGUGAGCAGAUGAAUGAAACAAGGUGAAAGAUAACAUUUUCAGGAAGACAAGGUUCUGUGAAAAUUACGCCGUGAGAUGUAUUUUGUUGGUGUUUUUUUAUUAGAGUUGGAUACCUAGAAGGGUGCGCCUUGAAAGCAGAAAAUGUUUAAUGAUAGAUUAAAACAUAGUCUCACAAUGACUGAUCGGACAUGUAUUGGUAUUGUAAGUUCCUGCUUUUUUUUUUUUUUUUUAGAUUUAUCCCCCAAACUGUAUUACUCCACACUGAAAGCUUGGUUUUAAAGCCGGGUGACUUUGUUCUCUUUUGGAAUUGUAUCUUGUGAUUUUGUCUUAGUGGGACCACACUUUAUAUUGGGGUCAGUGCUUGUUUAUACCCUUGAGGUGUGUUGUGGGAUGUCGUUUCGUUGAUUGAGUGUUUUUUCUCGCUUUUUUGGAUUGUGUUGAGCAUUCCCGAUUGAUAAUGCAAUAUGUCUUGGCUUAUUUUUGAGGCUCUUUGUUUUAUGAUGCCUUUAGUGCAAUCACUUCUCGAAAACUACUUAACUUUGUCAACCUUUUACCUGACAGGAAUUGAAAAUUAUAAAUUGGUGUUUUUCCAUAUAUAGAGCAAAGACUCAUUAUAUGUAUGAUGAACUUAUAUGUUGUUGUAUAUCUAGUCGUUGAGUACUUGAUCUUAAGGCCGCUGAGUAGAAAGUAUAAUGUUACAAAGAUUUAUUCCAGAGAUUAAAUGCAACUGUAUUUUUACCUUGUUGGAGAUCUAUAUUGUGACAAAAAGUUCCUAAUUCUCUCAACUUCUUCAGCUGAUUUACUUAACACUUACUGCCAGUUUUUCAUCAGUCGGCCAGGAAUCAAGUUCCAUCUUGCUCUGGUUAUAUUUUUAUAUCGAUGGUUAGUCACAAACCGUUUUAGUCUGAAAAUUAGGUCAAGUUUUGUUGUUUUUUUUCUGAAAAAGAUUGCUUCCAACUUGGAAAACCUUUUUGCAACAUGUCUGAAUCUAGUGUAAGCUUAUGGAGUGAACAUGAAGAAAAAAAAUGUUUGUAUUAUGAUUAUUGACUCGCUUGACACUCGAAUACUGCAAUCUUGGAAAUAACUAUUUUCAGACUGAUACGGUUUGCGACUGUUUUCACCGAUGUGAGUUUUUUUUCGUCUCAAAUUUCCAUGGUGCAUAUAAUAUUUUAUAAAUGGUCCUGGUUAUUGACUUUGCUUUUAUUCCGUGCUAUAUUUUAUAUAAUUCAAAAUAUUACUUAAAAACUUAAAGCCUGAAAGAGUUGUUUAUAUUGACUCCCUUAGUGCUCUUUGUUUAACUCUUUAUUUUUUUGGUACCAAAACUGUUAGGUUUUUCAGUACUUAUAAGUCUACUUAGUCUGACCCUAUGUUGGGUCUCUGACAGUUUAUAUCUCUACAUUAAAACAAAAUCACAGAUGACCGGUUGAUCUGUCUCAGAUACUUAACUUUUUAUUUCAAAUUUAUCGUUGUUGUUCAAACUUUCUGGGAUUUAUUCACUUUUCCAAGAUGUUUUGACUUGGGUAUUCCACAGUGAUUUGUCUUUUUUUUAGCACAACGUGUAAGCACAGGGUUAUUGUCUGCUUAAAUAUUUUGCUUAUUGCAUUGUUCUGUGACUGUGAAUCACAUAUAUUCCUUAUCUUUUCCACAAGUGUUUAUCGCAAAUAUCCAGAGGUAGGAGAUAAAAUUAUUGAAACUGUUCUGUGACUGGAGUCUUAUGAAGAUCCCCAUCAACAUGACCUUGUUCUGUUCUUUAGCCUCCUUUCUUGUAAAACAUCUGUCGUCCUUAACUCCUCUCCCACUUCUUUUUUGUCUUUGUUACUUUUUUAUAAAACCUCUAAUUUUCCGACUGUAGAGUGUUGCAAAUGUCGUAAAACUCUUACUCUUACUAAAACUACAAAAAAUACUCUCUGGUCUCCAACUAUCUUAGUGUUGGUUUGGAGAGUCGAGUGACAAAUCAGUAUUAUGCUGUGAUUAGUUCAACAUCUCUAGUCCUUAUUUCUCCUUCCUUUUCAAUUUAUUCCUUUUAACACAUCUAAUCUUUGAUACUUAUAUGACCUCUUCUAUUUGUGUUGCAAGUGCAGUAAAACUCUUACUAAAAGCUUAAGUUAAGUCUACAGCUUUCCAUUCCUUCUGCUAAUUUUUUUUGUCUCCAAGCCCUAACUUAAUUCCAAAUGACCUUUAUUUUGUCAACAAGUUUCUCUUCAAAUCAAAACGACCAAUUGGUAAAACAUAUUUUUAAAAAAAUGUAUUUUGGUUGUCGGUCUUAAACGUCACUCUCUGAAGCCAUGUGUGUCGUAUGAGCACAACCGUUUCUGUUGGCUACUUCCAGUCAGUCUGUAAAUAAACUUCUGAAUCUUACACUGUGAUUUAUUUUUUUUCUGUGACUUAAGCUGGAUGUGAUUCUACUAUUUCUGUGGUAUGCAUUGCCGUGAUAAAAGAAUUAUAGCUUGAAUGUUUUCAAAAUGAGAAAGCUUAAACUUAAAUAUAACUAGUUGCAAUUAUAGAAGAGGAAAAAGAACAGAUAGACCAGCAUUUGCUGUUACCAUAAAAUGAAGUAGUGCGGGUAACAAACAAACGGGAUGGUGAGUCGUGUAAUUUUGUUAAUGGGAAGCUCUGUUAGUGGAGGUGUUUUCAUAAUAUGUUGAUGAAAAUACUUGCAGCUUAACUCGUAAUUUACGGAAGGCUAUUUUUUCCUUUGUACGUAAACAGUUUUGUAAUUCAAGUUUUCGCCAUCGCAAACUUUUGUGAAACUCGGCUUUUGUUUAAUCUGUUUACAUAAAAUAAGCUCCAAACUGAGUAGAAAUCCAAGCAAUAACCUACAGUUUGAUAACUUGAUAAGAGGUAAUAAGGAUUGGCUGGGCUUUGGUAGAUUUUUCUUACGACUAAACAACACAGUGAUGCUGUGAACAGGCUGAACUAAUACUUGGUUAAAACUCCUGUCCAUUGCUUCCCAACAAGCCUUGUUUUCUCUUUAAGCCCGUGGUAAAGUGUGCUCCUCAUGAUGCGCUUUGCGGCCUCAAGUUUGUCAACUGGCAUUGUUUUUGAAGCAGAUUAGGCUUAAAUAGAUGGAAUAUCAAUAUGUGGGACAUCGUGGUGAAAUCGGGCCCUCCUCAAAGUAAUGAAAUCGAAAACACUGACAUUUUUUCCGCUCACUGGAUAAUAUUUAUCAAUUUUUCUUAUUUUGGUAAACACCUUUUAUGAACUGUAGAAAAAGCAGAUUUCGCUGUGGAUUUUACUGGAAAACAAUAUGAUUCAAAGGUACCAAAAAUGUAAAUUUCCAGUUUCCAAAGACACUCAAGUUUUGGAAGUUACCAAACUUUGGUGGCCUUUUUCUCACUAAUUUUUACCUCUGAAACCAGACGACGCCCACCUCCUGCAAUCGCAAAUAUCUCAACUUCUAUUCAGGAUAGAUGGGUAUUUUUUUUUUCAUCAAAAGAAAGACAAGUUUACAAUCUUUUAGAUGAUACUAAUACCUCCAUAUGCCCAAAAUUGGACAAGUGCUUGAUUUCACCAUGUCAUGAUACAUAUUGCCAUAACAUAAUCCCAACUUUGAAAAAUCAGAGUUCCUACAUCUUUUCUUUCUAAGUCUUUUUUAAAAUUCAGAACAUUUUCUUAUCGUUUUCAUGAAGUGGUUUUUUGUAACUGUCAGAGAAAAAUUGUUUCUUCUUCUUGUCCUUCUAAAUCUACAGCAAGUUUUAAAGGUUGUGAAUUUUUGCUUUUUGAAAAUGUUGCUUUGCUUUUUUCGUCCCCUGUCGGUAAAGACGAAUUGAUUUGAUGCGACCAAUUUUCUGCAUAUUUUUCUCCCAGUAUUUAUACGUAUAACUUCUAGUUGCUUCUUUACUCCUACAGUUUUGUCAGCUCAUAUUUGUGCGGAUGGAGUCACAAAAACACCUACAUUUAAAAAAGAAGAGAGUUUUUCAGCUUUUAUGAAAUCUUCAGUUCUGCAUGCUGUUGUAAACUUUUGCAUUCGUUUUAUUUUUUCUGGCAAACUUCUGAAACAACCCAAAAUAUUCUCUGCUCUCGUUGAAGGAGAUGGCAAGCAAGGGGCUAUGGGGAAAUUGUGUUGUUAUCUAGAAGUACAGGUACUUGUUCACUUUUCACUGUGAUUUGAUUGUUCACUUUUCACUGUGAUUUGAUAACGUACAGGGUAUCUUUAAUGUUAGUGUUGACCGGGUUCAACUUGUUGAUGAAGCUGUCCUAGUUUCAGAGACAUUUUAUCUUUCUUUUUAGAAUUUGUAUUCUGAAUGCACGGUUGUCUUGAAAUAAUGUUGAAAUGAUCUAAGUUAAUUAUUAAAACUCAAAAUUCUGAAAUGGUUUAAUAAGGUUGGGUUUCACUUUGUUUGUUAGUCAUUCACAGAUAGAUAUUCCUUGAUGCCUCAUUACAGUUUCUCUUACUUGCUCAAGUGGCGCUGGAAGCCUAAAGGUUAGGCUACCGGACUCUUUAUCAUGAGACUAAUUCGGGGGUUUAAGACUUGGUUCAACACAACAUUAUGUCCUUGAGAAAGGCCUUUGUACAGGAAUUUUGCCAUUUUGCUCUGUCCUUUCGGAGUUGGACAUUAAAGGAGUUGGACAUUAAAGGAGUUGGACAUUAAAGGAGUUGGACAUUUAAGGAGUUGGACAUUAAAGGAGUUGGACAUUAAAGGAGUUGGACAUUAAAGGAGUUGGACAUUAAAUUCGGAAGUCCUGCCGCUUACAUUACCGCACUAUGCUGCAGGGGCCGUUAAACGUAUUCAAUUUUUGCAAUUUUCUCACAUGCUUUGCUUCCACCCUUUUCCUCACAUUCCAUUCACUUUUGCUGUGUACACAUUUUGUCAUGUGAAAUUAGAAGGAUUCUAUCUGUGGUUUGUGUAUGUUUUGAGGUUUGGUUUGUUUCUGCUCAUAUGACCUAAUGCAGUUGCGAGCGCCGUAAAGCCUCUACUAAAACUAAACUUUGUGGCUGGCUCUGUCUCAAUGCUCUACUUAGUGAUCUAAGUUUCAUUUUGAAAGGACUGUUCUGCUCUAUGAAUGAUCACAUGAAAAAGGCAGGGCCUACUAUCAGAUUGUGCAUUUCAGAUUCUCAAACUUCAUUGUCUAAUGUGUCAAAAGUACCUAAAAUAUUAACUGUCUUUUUGAUUUGCAAAUGCAGUUUUGUAAAUUUUCAGCUAUUUCAGCAUAGUCCUAGUGCAGUGUCAUCUCUGUGCGGAGAGAAUUCAUGUAAUCUCAUUCGACAAUUUGUCACAUCCACACAGUUUCUUGCUUUCUGGCCCGAAACGGCCAGGUGUUGUGACUGGGGACCCUCUGUUGUUCUUUUGCACUGUCUGUCAUUUGCUCACACUCUGUGAUGUUUUUACCUGCUGCUGUUCUCAGCUGGGACUUUCAGAAGCCGCGACGCUGGAAUGCAAAAGAAACCAAUGCUGAAGGCCAGUAAUUCGGCGGUUUUAGUUUUUCAAGGGCGAAUUUAUAUAACGGUUCGAUGAUUUUACUACUUUGUUAUUUUUUAUGUUGCCUGAACAUUUGAACAAAUUCAAAACAGUUUUAGUGUUUUAAUAAUACUGUUAUUUUAUUAUUAUUAAUAUUAUUAUUAUUAUUAUAUUAUUAUUGUCAUUUUAUAUAAUUAAUAACUAUAUUAUUAUAGUUAUUGUCAUUGUUAUUGAUAUUAUGAUUAUUGCUACUCUUCUUGUAACUAUUAUUAUUAUGUGUAUUAUUAUUGUUACUCAAAGUCAUUCUUUUCCUUAGUCUUUUAUUAGUAUUAUUAUCAUGAAAGUUAUUAUUACAAUUAUUUUGAGGUUUACCACCAUUAUUGUUACGUAUGAAUAUUGUGAUUGUUUGGUUGUUAAAAAUUAUAGCCGUUGUUCAAGAAAAGUGUGACAAUUUUUUCAAUGAGCGAUUUUAAAACCACCGUUUUGCCAAUCAAAAAUAACAAUACUCUUAUAUCUUUUUUUUUCCAAUGUUGGCUGAAGAAAUCAAACUGGAAAACUGUAUACAUGCUUUCCUCUGUUGAUGUCAUGUUUUGAGAAUCUCAUUGGCUGUUCAAAUUGACAAAAUGUCUAUAGUAUUGCAACCUUUUUGAUAUAUUAUUCGGGGACCUCAAUUUUUGGGGAGAAAAAAAAAAUUAUUUAAUGUUAUCUGUUUGUUGCGCACCGUUAGCCCAGUUGCUGAUGUUCUGCCAGGAAAUGAAACUGAUUGUUCGGGUUCAGACCCCUUUUUUGAUUCAUUUAGAGAGUUUUCAAGGCUCUCUGCCCUCGUGGCUUGGUCCUAUCAAAUAUGAAAAUAGGACACUCCCAGCCAACCUGGGUGAUAUCGCCCACUCGUAGGUGGUUUGGUAAUUUUGGUGAUCGAUGGGGAUCACCUAGUUAGUGACUGACAUUAUUUUGUACCCUGCUUGGGAAUACAUGUAGUUGGUGAGCGGUAUGUAAAUUUUAGCUUCUUGAAUGUGGCAGAAGUGGACGGUGGCUCGAAAAAGGUUGACAAACACUGAAAUGGACAUUGAGUCAAAUGUCCUGCCUCUUGAUUUCCCAAUUUGGCUCUGUCCUAUCAGAGAUGGACACAUUAAAUCUGGAAGUCCUGCCCAGUAUUGAAUAUAAAUAACCUUACAGUGUUGCAAGGGGAGUUAAAAAAUCAAAGCAAUUGUGUAAUUUCCUUGUGUGAUUUCCUUCUCACAGAUGCAUGAGCUGUGGUUUGUUCUAGUCAUUUGGAACUUUUCUUUGUCUUGGUUUCCCUCGUCCUACCACUACCAGUUUGUGAUUCCCCACUUAUUAUGCUGUUACCCUCUUAGUUGUCUUUUAUUCAAUCAUGUGAACCUACUUUGAUUAUUUUUUUCAUGUAAUGUGCAAUAGAACUCCUUAUUUUGAAAAGCA